CAUGUUCCUCUCCUCCUCCUCCUACGGCGGCCUCCGCCACCAACCGUUCAUCUCAUCCGCAUCCGAUCCUCCUCCGGAGCACUUCCAUGAAGCUCUCUACGGCCGCCUCUUCCCCUUCUCCUCCACCUUCUUCGCCGCCCAGUACUCAGACCUCCACCGGAGCGGCUGCUCCCUGUCGCUUCCCCUCCACCACCACUACUACUACCACCACGAUACGACGUCAGGCGAUCUCCAAGACCAGCCUCCUCCUCCUCCGUACUCCUCCUCGCCGUCCUCCGUGCUCAGCACCGGCGACCUCCAGGGGACUCAAUACGGUUCGCUGGAAGGAUCAGCCGGCGAUCCGGGAAGAGUCCGGCGAUACAGUGCCGAGGAACGGAAAGAAAGGAUCGACCGAUAUAGGAGCAAACGCAAUCAGAGGAACUUCCAAAAGAAGAUCACUUACGCGUGCAGAAAGACGCUCGCCGACAGCCGGCCGCGGGUGCGGGGCCGAUUCGCGAAGAACGGCGACGAGAAGGAGAUGGCAGAUAUGGCGGCUGUCAACGGCCACGUGGGCUCGGGGGUAAACCAGAACCACGCAUUUGGCAGCGGCGACUGGUGGAGCCCGGAGGCGGCGAUGAUGGCGGCGGAGGAGGAGGACGAGCUGCUCUACUGCGACGGCGGCUUCCUCCGGAGCUUCGUCGACCACGGCGUCUUCGCCAUGAACAGUGGUAGUCUCUCCUAACUAAAGAGAGAGGAAUCGAGUGCUCGAAGCGGCAGUCCCACUGUAGAAGUAGAUUCUUUGGUUUCUGCGGUUUGACUUUUGACAAAAUCUAGUGACGAUUUGGUGCUAAUCUAGGUAAUGUUUAAUGAUUGCAAAAAAUUUGAUUCGGAUUUAUUAUAC